AUGGGGCAAUGCCGGGCAGGCGCGGCGGUGGCAGCGGCAACGCUGUGGUGGCUUACGGGGUGCGGUGGGGCGGUGUGGCUGGAGCUGGCGACCACGGCGAUCAAGUGCCUGUCCGAGGAGAUCCAGUCCAACGUCGUCGUCAUGGCCGACUACUCCAUCCUCUUCAAGGAGCACCCCAUCCGCCCCAGGGUCUCCGCCAAGGUGACAUCGCCUUUCGGAGACGUCCUGCAUCACGCCAACAAGGGCCGGUCGCUUUCCCCACCAGCCAGAAUUCCAUAUUCAGCAAAAGCCAUCCAUGAGAACUUGCUCUACCUUAUAUUGAAAGAAGCAGACUUGCGAGACCUGAGUGAGUGGAAACAACUGAAGAUCACAUGGCUGAGCCUUAUAUCCCUCGCUGUCUGUAUCGCAGUCUCAGUUUUGCAAUUGUGGCAUCUCAAACAGUUCUUUCGAAAGAAGAAACUCAUCUAG